UGACUGCAAAUUUCCCGAUUUAAUGUGAAACUUUUAAUGCUGGAAUUGAACCAAUGGCAUUCAAGCAGUUGGUAAAUAUAAAAAAUGUGGUCCUCCAGGGCCAAAAUCAGCCAAUACCUUCAUGAAUGCCCACUCCACCCACCAAACCUCACUUCCCGUCAUAACAGAACCCUUGACUCCCAAAUCUCAUCACACCUUUUGGUUAGCUCGCCAACAACAAGUUGACACUUCGAUCUUCACCCGAUGCAAAAUAUUAUCAACAAAUCGACUGUUAGACAAGAGUACACUUCCCUUUGCAAACUGUCUGACAUUAAAGAUGGUUGUAGGAAGGGCAUUAAAAAGUUCGCUCAGUCUGGCUGUUCAUGUGUUCAAAAAAACUUAUGGUUCGGACUGUAGCUCGUAAGUGUAAACUUUACCUUAAGCAUUCAAAUGGCCCCUAAUACAGUAAAAUAAAAUAUGAGGUUGUAAAUUACAGUCUUAUCACAUAAAUUCGAAUCCCAAAU